AUUGAAACUGGAGAUAACCAAAGAAAACUAAUGAAUUAAGAACACAGAUUGUAAGCAUUCCAUAGGCUUGCAAAUCAAUACACUAGUGCAUAGCAGUCUGCUUGGCUGUUGAUGUGAAGUCUGUCUUGUAGCUCCCUGCACAUCACUCUGCUAUUUUCCCUGUCUACCAACUUAAGUGACAGUGAAUCAGACAUACUACACCUAGAUAACUGAAAAUGGAGGUAAACAUUUAUUUUUUGGGAUUUUUUUAUUUUAAUGUAUUCUGUGAGGCUUUAAUUCAGCUGUAAUGGAGGGUAAGGCUGGGUCACUCCCUUUAAAUGUUCUGUUCUCUAACUCUGUGCUAAAGUUUCACCAGGACUCAUUUGCCAAGAAUAUCUACACGCUCUUAGUUCUCCUUAUGUGUGCAUGUCAUUUUAUACCAUUAAAAUGCUUUGAGCUUUUUAGGGCAAUCUUACUUCUCUGCUAGCCACAGUUACUUUAUGUAAAUUUCUUUGUUUACACACUAAUCUGUGGCUCAGAAGUUGUUUUUUAUUGUACACAGCACUGUUUUGUGCCAAGAUAUAUUUCUUGUGAUGUUGUGGCUGUAUUUAUCAAGGUCUUGCACUGAACAUAUGCUAGCCUUUUAAUUACUAUAAUUUUGAUUGAAACUGUCUUUUGUUUGUUGUUGUGUUACAAUAAUGGGUGCUCCUUGAAUCAUUAGCAUAAAUCUGCUUAAACCUAAAUCAUGCAAUGUGCAAUAGCAGUGAAUCUUAAAAGCUUGUGUUCUUUCUAGUGGUGUUAUGGUAUUUAUUGGCUUGAUCAACACUGUACUGUUUUGAUUUUCCCACUUGAGAUGUGUAGACUUUACAACAGCUGAUCCAUAAGAGCUUAGAAUAGCUGCUGGAUGUAAAGCCUUCAAGUAAAUUAGCAUUUUGUUCACAGCAGUUCUCCUGUUGGGGCUGAAUUUCCACUGGGUUUAACCAUUGACUGAUGCUUUUUACUUGCUGUUUCUUUUGUCAGAGACUCACACUAAUAGUUUGUGGGUUUGACGCAUGUGGCUGCUAUCUGUCAAACUCAACUCACUUGAUAUUGGCAUCUUGUAAUGGCAACCGCUUUGUUACAUCUGUAUUUGAACUCAACAGAAAUGUCUGUCUCUAUGUUCAAGACUUAAAUCGUUUUGGAUGGCACUGAAACCUUAAUUUCCAGUGCUCUUUGUCUCCAACAAAGUUAUCACUGUGAGCUUUUUUAAAAAACAAAAAUAAAUCUUUUCUCUAUAUUUGGUCAUAGUAUUUGGUUCAUGGGCCUUAACAUAUUCAUGCUUGAAAUAAAGAAAUGAAAGGUCAUCAGAUGUGACCCCACCCAAAUCUACAUUACAUUUUUCAAAUAUUUACUAAAUGUGCUGAAUAGUAAAAUAAUGCUGCCAAGCUUCAAAAAGUUAAAUGGAUUUUGUACAACCUCACAAAAUUUUAUUAAUUAUAGCAUCAACCUAUACACAGAAAAUUUAAUGCAUCAAUGUGCAAUCAUUCUGAGAAGUAAAAUCAAUGCAAUGUAGUGAGGUGAACCACAUUAAUGUUGUGUGACAUUUCACUGCUGUUCUCUAUUUUCAUAAGCUGUUUUGAAUUUUUGAAAGAGAUUUGCACUUAUUAAAACUGUUGACAAGGAACUUCUGUCUCCACUGUUUUUAUGCUGUGUUGAUGUAUUGAACAUCAUAGGGAUAAUUCCUAAAUUGUUGGAAUGAUUAUUUUUGCUGAAGUGUGCACCAAGUUUUUCAGAAACAUAACACAGAUACCUCAGCUGACCAUUGUGUUAUUUGCCACUUUUGAAUAUUAUUUAACAUUUUUUUGACACUGGUUUAAGAUCUGACAUGAAUAUUAGAGUUGAAUAUUAUGUGGUACACAUGUAUUUAUUAAGAAGAAAAACACAUAAAUUUAAUGUUGUUGUAACAGGUUGUAACAGGUUUCAUAAUUUAUUAUUUUUGAAGCAGCAUUUUUAUAUUCUUUUUAGAGCAGAUGAUGAGUGAAAGCUCAUGCGUGAAAGACAUGCAGCUCUGCUUAUAAAUGCUUUUAACCCCAAUUGACUUUUUGCUUACAUUCAUGAACACCAUUUCUAUAAGCACCUAGUUGCAGUUGUGGACAAUUUUCUGCUUCCUGUGAGGUAUCUACUGAAGGGAGCUUCGAAUGUACAUUAAAAGCUACAUGUACGGUAGCUCUUUUUAAUUAUUCAUGUAGAAACUUCCUCAAAAACAGAUAAUUUAUUAUUAUUUAUUCUUAAAAUAUACAUGUUAUCAAAGCAUACUGUAGUUUGACUUCAAUUUUUAUCUUAUAAAGGACUCUGGUCUGUCUAACAUUUAAGCAUAAUAUACAUUGUAGCUAGUGCUGUGAUUUUAGUACUGAGUAGAGAUAGGAUCAUAUAAUAAACAACUGCAAAUUGUGUUUGAUACAGGUGUAAUUUAAAGUUCUGUCCUUAAGGGGAGCACAAACGUCAAUGAUCCUAGUGUUUUUUUACUUGGGGUUUGCCUAAAAUAAAUAAGAAAACUGAUACCAUAAACAGAAAAUCAUAUGGUUUUCGCAAUGUGCAAAAAGGAUUGUGGACCUGGUGGCAGAAAGUCGACGUGCUUACACAUAGAGGAGGUAAAAUUAGCAGCUAUUAAACUACUGUAGAUGAUAAUAUCUGAAUGCCAAAACUCACAACCUGUACUGUGUUAAAGUUCCAUGUUGUUAAGCUAUCCAGAGUUCAAGUUCAUUACCUUUCAUUACCAAUUUUAAUUUGUUUGUAAAUGCAAAAACAUUAACCUACUACAGCACGUAUUUCAAGGACAUAAUCCAAUACUACUAUUCAGUCUGGUGUCCGCUUAAUAGAGGUUUUUUAACAAUAGACAGGGCUUCUGAUAUUUCGCGGAAAAAAAAGCAAAAUUUCGCGGGAUUUUCAGGGGCAAAUUCGCGGAAAAAUCGACCGAUUUCGCGGGAUUUUCGCGGGAAAAAAGGUCAAAAUUCGCCGAAAAAUCGGCCGAUUUCCGGGAUUUUCGCGGGAAAAAAGUCAAAAUUCGCAGAAAAAUCGGCCGAUUUCGCGGGAUUUUAGCGGAAAAAGUCAAAUUUCGAAGGAAGGGGCAAAGUCUUAGAAAAAUCGGCCGAUUUCACGGGAAAUUUCGGGGGGAAACGUCGCCAAGAAACAAUCAGUAAAAAACAGCCGAUUUCGCUGGAUUUUUUGGGGGAAAUUUCGCUAAAAUCGAUCAAUUUUGCGUCGAUAUGACCAGCGUUGUUUAACGUUUUUUUAACAGGGAUAAUCAUUUGCUCUUUCAGCAACAGUUCGCUCGAGAAAUGAGCGAAUGCUAAAGCCAUUAACAUUAUGGUUAGUGCCCAGUUUUUCGCAACGUUCAUCUAAAAACGCCUGGUAGUUUUGGAACGUUGUUUACGUGUUGCAGUGACGAAGUUUCAAGAUAAAUUUGGACGUUUGGGGUGAAUAAAACAGGUCUAAUAGCCAAGAUAAGUAUUAAAUACGUUUUGCCGACAUGUAUUUGGAAAUAUUUCUGGCGGAUUUCGCGGUAUUUCGCGUUUUUUGGGGAAUUUCGCGGGAUUUUGCGGAAAUACCUGAAUUUCGCGGGUCCGCGACCGCGCGAAAUAUCAGAAGCCCUGAAUAGAAUCUACUUUUUAAAGCAAUUUAUUGUUCUGGCUAAAAUAGCCUAUUGCCUUCCAGCAUACAGUGUAAGUGAAGCUGAUUUAAAUGUAAUCCAAACUACUAGAUAUUCGACAAUUGUUGGAAGAGAGUGAUCGGAAACUCUUCUAGAGUCAUUCUAGAGUCAUAGAGUCUAGCUGCCAUUCUGUACACUCUAUGCUACCAUGAGUAAAGGAAUCAUCAAUAAGGCUAAGAUGUAAUAGUAGCCUGUUACCUAAAGUGAACACUGGACACUUAAAAAUAUUGUAAAUAGACUAAUUUUUAAGUAUAUUAAAUAAGCAAUCUAACUUACCUUUAAAAAUUAUGUUUCUUCUGAAAUUGUAAGCACUUGUUAGUUAGUAUUUCAAUAACUCAGUCUCCACCAUUGUAACUAUUGAUAUGUAUUUUUAUCAAAUGAAUAAAGACAUUAUUAUUACUUUUAUUAUUAUUAUUAUUACGGAUCUCGUUUGAACUCUUAAGAUCGGUACAUGCAUGCGUCAGAGGUUCGCGAACGCCGUUUCGUAGCAAGAUAGAGGAAUUAUUAGACUGUAAAAUAAAUGUCGCUAGUGCAGAUAUCUGAAAUACGUGUCUUUAUGCUUUCAUACUUAGGGCUUUUUAUGGACACUGGUUUAGCCGUCAUUAGUAUAAUUCGAUUGUCUGAUCUUGAUAUCUCUGCAUAAUGGAAUUCUUUAUUUUAUAGAAUUUUGAGCUUUUAUUAUUAAUUACAUCUAUUUCCUCUUCUUUUAUGUAAGGUUAAGUUACUUCUAUUUUUUAGAAUUUGUAAAUGAAUAGUUUCUUUCUUCACUUAUUAUAUAUAGGAUUGUUUUUGUUCUCUAAUGAAGGCUGAGGGGUUUCUUUUGUAACGGAUGGAAUUGUAGAUAGUGUUUUAAUGAAUUAAUUAGAUUUUUUGUAACAGCAGGUUGAUUGUAAAUAGGAUUUUAAUUGAGGUUUUGUAAUAAAGAUUUUACUUAUUUUUAUUAUUAUUAUUAUUUUAUUAUUAUUAUUAAUGACGGACUGAGGUGCACAUCAACCUCACUUUCUACAAUCCUCUUAAAAAAUCCUUGAAAUCUACCCAUGCACUUCCCUUUCCCGAUGCAAUGUUGAGAUUUUACAGUACAUGGCUACAACAACAUUGCAAAUGGGUGAGGAAAAAACAAAUAGGAAAAGAAAAUUUCCAAACUGUUUCAAGGUUUUUAUCUGAGAUUCUAGAAAUUAUUGGACAUUAUUUUGGAUUAUUAGGUUUGCCAUUAUCGUUAAUAUUUAGUAUGGAAGUGGAUGUCUUUAAUUUUUUUAUUUUUCACCCAAAUUUGUGUACUAGUUAAGAAAUAUUAAUAAACACAUCUUAAAAAUUUAAAUUGUCACAGGACGAAGCUGCAAAGAGAAGGGAGCAACGUAGACGAGAGCGUGAAGCACGACGUGCAGAAAGAGAUGCUGAGGAUGCUGCAGAUGAGGAGAAGAGGAAGAAAGAAAGAGAAGAACGGCGCAGAAGAAGAGACAACACAGGUACAAGUUUAUAAUAACUACACUACAUGCAGUUAGCCUGCUCCAUAGAUGAAACCAAACUCUGGUUAAGUCUGUCAGUGAUCCUAGUUCUGGGCCCCCACCUGUGUACCAGGAUUCAAGUAUGUGCCAUGAUUGGCCUGUUGAAAACCAUUGCCAUUGUCGAUUUGCCAAUCAAGGUGAAAGGAAAUUGGAAAUGCUCUUCCGGUAAUUCGUUGAGUCCGUUGGGAGCCCAGAACAAGAAUAUCAGUGCUAUUUCACAGAUGUUACUAACCAAGGUUAAAUUACGGCUGCAACGGGGUGCAUGUGCACUGUCGACUCGUAAAGAGGUACUUGCGCUACUUGUAUUUUUUUCAUGUGAUUAAAAAUCCGAAUAUCUUUAAAACACACUCUGCACCACACUCUUUUUGAGGAUUGUUUUUUUUUUAUCAGUUUAAUCAAUUACACUACCUAUUACUAUUAUACUUAUGACUUUUAAUGACUUAAGAAGUACCAGAACAUACUAACACCAUUUUUACCAUACAUGUACAUGGGUUGAUUAUACAGUUUAUUAAUUGAAUAGUUAAUAAUAAUAUCUGUGAAUGUUAAUACAUAUUAUAGAUGCGCCUGCAGAGGAGAGUGCAUCAGCCCGCCGCCGUCGUGAAAGAGGUAAGAUUUGUCUUUAAUAUAACAUUAUAUAUGUAAUUAAGUGAUUCACCCCUUCUUGCAAGUAAAUUUUGUUCCAAUAUUGAAAAGUAACAGUGUCUAUUUAUACUGCACAUACUAUAUUGUUAUAUGCUUCUUGUGAUACAUGUACAUGACAUACAUGUUUCCUUAUCAGAGUUUUGAUUAAAAAACUGGCAAGUCAAGAUGAGGUUUGUUGUGAUUUUGCAUUACCACAAGAGAAUUUUUAAUCCUAGAGAAGUGUAUAGUACUAUAAUUAUGUUUGUUCAUUGCAUUUUUGUCCUCAGUAGAAUGCCACAAUUCCAAAAAUUUAGUACUUUUCCUCCAAGUAGCAUGAAGGUACAGCUGAAUACUUAAAGAUUUGUGACCUUCAUCCGUGCUUUUUUUGUGGUGCAGAGGAAGAAGAAAAGCGGAAGGCUGAAGAGGGGGCAAAACAGAGAGAGGAAGAAAAACAACGAGAGGAAGAGAGGCGAAAGGAGCAAGAAAGGAGAAAGGAGGAAGAAAGGAGAAAGGCAGAAGAAAGGCGCAGACGUGAGGAAGAGGAGGAAGAGGAAAGAAGGAGAAUGGAGGAGGAGAAAAAUAGGGUAAAUCAGGAUCAUUUGGAUGCAGCUGAAGAGGACGAGGAAGAGGAGGAAGAGGAGGAAGAGGAAGAGACAAUCAUUGACAGACUAAAUCCCCAGAAGAAGCGUAAGUUAUUGUUCUCUCAAAUGCAUUUAUAUACAUGUAGGCUUGGUGAAAAUGGUAAAGGUUUCUUUAUUGUAGAGGUGCACUUACAGGUAGUACUCUCAAAUAACUUAUAACAAAGUAAAUUAAAAUAAUAACAAGAACCAUAACAUGAUUAAAAACCCAACCUGGUAAAAAGCAGCCACUAACCAUUGGCUAUUUAUAAGCGUGGCCAAGUAGUUGAACUCUGGAUGACCAUUUGUGUUCUUUUAAUUGGGAUCAACUGUUUCAAUCAUAUUUGGUUUGGUUGAAUUUCCCAGUAAUACAUUGUAUAACACUUUUCCAACCACUUUUGAUUGAAAAUUGGCUGUGACUGGGUAUAGUCAUUUCCAGGCUUAGCCUUUUCUUCUGUUGCCAGGGUUGUCAACAUGGUGACUGCAGAAUGGUUGCUCGUAUAAAAACAAACUGAAUGCCAGGUCAACCUUAUCCAAUUCUCAUUCUAUUCUCUUCUUUUGCUCUCAAUAGAGGCUAUUCUAGAAGGACUGGCUAAUGAACUGCGCCGAAUAGUUGAAGAAAGAGAGGCAAAGAAUGUGCCAGCUACCCAACAAGAGCUUGAUGAGCUUGAUCUCAGACUCCGCUCUCUUCGAACACAGCUACGCAAGGCUGAAGAGUUAUCUACCCAAUUAGGAAAACAAAAGAGAGAAGUUGAUGAAAAAAUCGAAAAGAACAAGAGAGAUGUAUGUUUGAUAUUAUAGUGGCCAGUGUCUUUAAGUUCAUGUAAUUAAUAACUCAGAACAGGAGGUGGCCUAAUCCUAAACCAAAGCAGGCUAUUUGAGCUUUUCUUUAUUUUCUAUCAGAGAUCCACUAUGUUACAUACUUCUUCAGCUAAAGGAAUUUGAUAUGAGGCUUGCUCUACAUUUAUUUCCCUAAAAGAAUGGAAACUUUAAGUCAAGUAACCACCCCCCCUUUAGGGCCACUCCCAAGGGUGAGUACAUUAAUUAGGGUUAGGGUACAAAAAAAAUCAUGUAUCAUAAAAGUAGAAUCACAAAAAUCAAAUUAACAAACUAAGAUCUUUGACCUUCUCUAAGUGUUUUGUGCACCCAUUUACAAUAUACCUGAAUCAGUUUAUGUGAGAAUAGAUGUACAAUUUAGAGUAAGAUAUAUUGUCCUUCCAUGUCAGGUUGCCAGGCUUAAAAACGAGGUUAAGAAAACAGAGGACGAGAACAAUCUUCUUAUCAAAGAAGGAAAGUGAGUAAACUACUUGAUUUUAUAAAACUUUAACACCAGCAUCAUAUUUCCUAGAUUAAAAUUGUCCAAGGCAUUUUUUUUUACUGGGAAAAUAGGGAAAAAGGACAUUGAUAUAUAAAAUAUAUAUAUAUAAAAAAUCCUCAAACUAAUGAGCUUCUUUGAAUUGAAAAUCUUCAUACCUGAAUAAGUUUUUGUUGACAAACUCUGUUGACAAAAACACGGUUCAGUUGUUAAAUGCUGGAAGCUUUUUUGAGUAAAUGUCAAAAAGUUUAGUGUAUUAACAACAUAACUGUAUUGAUAAGUAAGAUGACAUUGACCUUUGAACAGUGAAGUGACAACCCAGCUUGACAUAAAUUUCUCUUGUUUUACUGCAGUGAAAGCUGCAGACAGGGAAGGGAGGGAAAGUGAUUAACCCUUUAAGUCCCAAUAAUGACCAACAUCAAUAUUCAUACAUUGUCAAGAGAUCAGGUUAUGAGAAAUAAUAAACUGAAUGAGCAUUUAAGAGAAAAUACUUUGAUCUUUUAUCAAAUUCUCUAAGGAAUUCUUUAAGAAAAUGUAUAGAGAUCAAUAGGAGAAUUUGUAUGCAUAUAUUAAAAAAAAAAAAGGUUUAAAGGCUUGUUUAUAGUGGAAAGUGCACUUAGCUUAUCCAGCUAGUUUACAGGCGCUCCACUCAAAUACUUACAAACAAAUAAUUCAAAUACAACAUAACAGGAUUUAAAACCCCAACUAGCAGGAGGCAACCAGUUGGCUAUUUACAAGCGUGGACAAGGAUUUGAACUCGGGACUACCGAGAACAAAUCCAGCAAGUGGCCAGAGCGGGACUCGAACCCGGGACCGCCGGAUUGCAAGUCCGACGCGCUGACCGCUCGGCCACGCUGCCUCCUCUAAAGGGUUAACUAAAUAACUGAAAACAGCACAAAAAUGCCUAAUAAUUAAUUUCUUGAGUAUUUUUUUCUCACUUUCUCCAGGAAAGUGGCUCCACAGAAAACAGUGGUAAGUUGCUUGUAGUUUUAUGCUGAUUGCACAGUAAAAGAAGUAGCCAUGGUUACAUGUACAUGUUCAUUUCAUUUUCAUCCCUUGUUUUUGUAAUUAUUUUUUUCUGGUCAUCAUUAUAACUGCUGUACAAACAUCCUCUAAUGGUAGCUUUGGGAUUGCUUGUUUUGUUUUUAACCUGCUCUUUGAUCAUAUAGUUUAGCCACCGGAAUCUUAAUUUGAUGGCUUGUUGUAAACAAUGUCACUGAUUUAUUUCCUUUUCUUUUCUUUUCUUUCCUUUUCUUGCGAUGCAUUGUUCACUUAAACAGAAAAAGACUCUUCCACCCAAGGUAAGUUUGGCUUAAGUCUUAUUGGUAUUACUAACACUCCUUUCCCAUUUUUCUGGUGUCUUUGUUCUACGUGUAGAUUGAAAAACGGUUGUUAACAAGAGAAAUGCCUAGGGACGAGGUCGAUGGGAGAACUACUCUUAUUAUGAACAAUUCCCCCACAAAAGAAUUGAAUCAUUGUAUAGAAUUGUGAUGUCAAUCCAUUAUGUAAUACAGUAUACUGUGAAUACCUAUUCUUCACCUUAGAGUCUUUUGACUCUUUCGCGCAGUCUUAAUCAGAAUACUGAAUAUCUUAAGAGUUGUCACGUGACUUAUACCGUCUAUAGCCAAUGAUGAGCUCGACUGGGAAGAGGUCAAAAUCCUUCAGCAGGAGACCGUGGACAUUAACAGAAAUAUCAAGGAAAAAACUCUAAAAUGAAGAUAAGGGUUUGAACUACCCUCGUUUUUAAUCCUUUGUUUUCACGUGACAACUCUGGGACAGUUUGCUGAUAAGACUGCCUGGCACAGUCAAAAACUUUAUUGCUUUUAAAUAUGAGACCUUGUGACGUAAGGUAUUCUUUCAAUUGGUAUGUUUAAGUUGUGAUACGUUGUAUGUUUUUUGUCAUUUUAUUUAUUAACAUUGUUGAUUUUUGUUUUUGCCCUCAACAGAAAGGCAACUUUGUCAACGUAGUUCGUAAAGCUCAAGCCGCCGCAUGGGAAGAAAAGUUCAUGGCGAUGAAAGCCAAACAGAAAGAAUCCAACAAGGUCAGUUUCAAGCUCUUUUCUUUCAGCACGAGAUUUCAGAUCCUGUCGGUGCUGUUGACUCUUAAAUCACUUUAACUGUUAAUAAGUUGUUUUAUUUGCGUCCCCGCAGUCGUAUGGGACUUGUUUUCCAAAGUUAUAAAGUGUGACACUCGAAAAAGGUUUCUCUCUUACUUUUGCUUUGCGUCUCGAUUUGAAAGUGUGACACCAGUCGGUCUUGACGGUUUCUAAUUGUUCGGAAAGUCACGCAAUGUCGUCCUCGGCUGUCGUUUACCGUUAAAUCCUGUAUUGUAGGAGGACAACAACUGCAGGUAUUGUCCUUUAGGGCUGAUUUCCACUGUCGCGUAAUUUUUCCGUGCGAACGCACGUACAAAAAUGAACUAAAGGCAGUGUAUGAAGGGCCACGCUUAAACGCGUUAACCUCGCUCAACUUUUACGUGUACCAGUGACCUUCCAUACAUUGCCUCUAUUUUAUUUACGCGCGUAAAAUUUACGUGCGUACGCACGUUAAUCCUCAAGUCUCGAACGCAGCGCAGCGUCUUAGGUCUACGUGAUACUACCAUAUGCACGGGCGGACCCUGUCACCGGCUAUUCUCUUUGAGUAAAUUCUUAUUGUGAAACGGCAUUCGAAGACUACCAAAAACCGAUUUUGAAUCAUAUCAGCCUUCUGAUCAAAAGAGUUCGAGUUGAAAAUUCAUUUUCUUCAUUGUUAAUCACUAUGUUGUUCGCAUUUUCGUUUGCGUCCGACUGUUCCGACGUCGAUUUUUUUCCCGUUAUUUAACCGACUUUAGUCAGAAAUGCCUUCUAUACCCUUCCGUCGAUGGACUUGACAUUGAUGAAGUUGUUAUCUGAGAAAAGCUGCUGAAAAAGGAAAAAAGGUUCGUUGAACGUGAAAAAGUCCCUGUAUUUUAAAUAUGUUCGAGUUAGGUAGCCUAAACUGAAAAGACUGCUUGCUAUCAAUUUUAUAGCUAUUGUAUAUAGCCUGGAAGACCGUUGAAUUUAUUAUUUUCUAGGUCUGGUGUUUUACUGUGGAUGGUGCACGAUAACAAAAUAUUACACUAUCAGCAGGAAAAAAGCCAUCUUUUUAUGUUAAAAAGAGAGGGUUCAGAGCUACCUGCUGAGAGAAAUUAAACCUUAACUCUAAACCCUGGAAAGUUUUCCAGACGUGAAUUUAAAAUUAUCAGGAAAAGAAGUUCCCUAAAGUGUUAGGGACUUUUAAAAAAGAAUUCUGACUGUCUUCCUCUUGCCUUGUUUGUAGAUGAGCGAGGAGCUAAUGAGUAAAAUGAACCGCGUCAAACGCACGGACAGCCCACUGUUAACUGGACUGAAGAAGGACAAAAAAGGUAAGAAGAAGGAAGAGAAAGAAGAAGCACCAGCUUGGGCGAAGAGUCAGCUGAAAAAGGGAUCAACCAAGCCAUGGGGUGAUGAGAAGAAGAAAGAGGCGGACAAAAAACCCGACUGGUCGGGAAGGGUGGCACUCAAGAAGACCGAGAAGAAAGAAAUGGGAGACUUAGGCGAGAGCAAACGUCAGGACUGGCGGGAAGGUCUCAAAAAAGCACCUAAAAGUCCCGGUAUCGAAAGCGAGGGAGGGGAACCCGAAUGGAAAGCUGUGAGCUUGAAUAAAGUCCCAAGAAACGAAGACGACGAUUAAACUAACUAAAGUUUUUUAGGAUUCUUGAUUAGGUAGUUUGCUAUGGAAGUAAGUUUCUAAAAGCGUUUUAGAAUAAUGAUUUUUAAGGCUCUUUUUGUAUGAUUUUUUUUAAGCCGAGUAAAUUGUGUAUUGUCCUCGUUGAGAUUUAGCUCAUGAAAACCCGUUAACAUGGGGUGGGGGUGGAGGGAGGCCCAUAUCCACCUGGAAACUGCUGUUACUUUUUAACCAGCCUUCCUCCACACACCUUGCUGGUCCGUGAUUUGCUCUCUUAUUCUCUGCACCUCAAUGCCUGAUUAUAGAUUACGUUCAUGAGGUGAAAUAUUUUGCUGAGAAUCUCUGACGUUGCCGGAGUAUAGCCAAAACAGUGUCAACAAAAGGCGCUGUCUAUAGGGACAGUUCGCAACAUGCCAGAGAGGACAUUGAACAGUAGAUUCAUUAACGGGGUAAACCCAGUAGUAAACAGUAUUUGAAUUCUCCUUAUAGCAUGAUCACGGCUUAAUCAAUCAUAUAGGUCAAGAGAAUAAGGGCAGUCGUCACCGUUGUAUAGUGUUCUUAUCAUUACAACAGGAAAUACAUUGGAAGACAGUGUAAAGAAUAUGUGUGCAGAUCUGAACAAUUGAAAACGGUUACACUGAUCCCAAGGCCAAAGGGUAUGGGUUAGCUAUUUAAACGGAGUUAAGGCAGCGCGCAAUAUGACCGCAUUACAAGUCAUUUUCUUAUAUUGGCCAGUUCUACUAAACAAGGGCGGAUCUUUGAGAGUAGUGUCGAGUAGACAAAUGGAGAACCCACUUAAGAAGUCCAGCGACUGUUUAGUUAGUCUGAUUGGGUUACAUUGAUUGUUGUAACCUUUGUCACCGUAAGUUAACUGCGUAUGAUUUUGGUACUUACGAGACGUACUCCUGCUCUCUGUGUAAUGCAAUCACUUUGCAAUGAAAGAGUUCGUGGUUUAUUAUAUGCAUUCAAAAAUCUGCAUUGGGAAAGAUGAAUUUUAUUUGCAAAAGUUUCAGUGUUUUUGUUGUUGUUUGUAUAAGCAUUUUGCUUUAUAAGUCCUUUAUAAUUAAUUUCGCCGAUAAAACAUUUUUGAUACAAGAAAUUUUUUAAGUGAGAUAUAUCCUGUAGUCGGGCUGCAUUAAAUGCCGGAGUUAUAUCGUCGUUUGUACUUCGUUGCAUUUUCUAUAAUUCAAUAAAGUCAUUUUUCUACGAUGUGGUUUGGCUGACUUCAUGGUGCCGUUUUGUUGCUUGAUAUAUCCUUUCACUCGUCAUUGACUCCGUGACGCCCCCCAAAAUAAAAGGGGCUCUAGUAAAGGUCUAGUAACUUUCUGGUGUGAACACAAAUGGACGCCCACUAAAUACGGACUCAAUUUUAUUGCGCCGGGCAAGUUUUUUUAUCCUUAGGGAACGUCAUGUCCCUCUGCUAAGCCCCUCUGCUAUCCUAAUUUAUUGACACAAAAAAGCGUGUACCUAUGCAAAGAUCGCCCCGUGUAAGGGAUUCCGGAAUCCGUGAAAUUUUUGCGUGUAGAAUCCGGAAUACAGCUCAAGGAAUCUGGAAUCCCACUAACGAUUGGAAUCUGACCUCGGAAUCCGGAAUCCAAAUUCCACUGACAAAGACUAGAAACAAGUACCUGGAAUCCAGAAUCCACAGCGUGGAAUCCAAGACAGCCUUACAUGGGGCAACAAAGAGUUCCCAAAAGGAGUGGUUUGGGACAUCAUAGCGUCGUGUCUGAAAUCGCCGUAUUAAUGUUUGGGACACCAACAAGGCGGACGCGACGUAUGUGAAAAGCGUCUGUACGGUCAUCCCAAAAGGCAGACCUAACGGACACUCCGUACUUCUCUUGUCCAAUCAACAGACUCACAAACAGUUAAAUUGGCUAAUAUGGACACCUAUUGUCAACAGUGAGCUGUAAUAAGUCUUGCCUAUUCUUUAAGUAAAAAACCUUAGUAGGAUGACAGCAUAAGGAUGUUCUCACUCAGCUGAGCUGCUGCAGACGAAAUACGAAAAAUUCCGACUAUUUUGGUGACUACCUUUUUCAAGUUCCACUCAAUAUUCCAGGAAAUCGUCUCGUGGAACACCCGAAAAACGUGUGUUCUAUUGAAAUCUCAUCCGGAGAUUGUGUAAAUUCUUAGUAAACUGAAUGACUCAGCAUGACCCACUAAACUGAACCCUCUUUAGGAGCCCCACCUCCUCAAAACCCUGGCUGUUAGUUGUAUGCAAAUGUGUCUCGAGCGGACUCUACUGCGCAUGUGCCCCACCUUACAUAGGCCCUUUAAGAAGACAAAAGAAGGCUGUGCUCGCAGGGUGUCUAACCAUUUGCAAAGCGUAUAAAUUGCGACGAAAUUGUAUUUCACUGGAUAAAAACUGGUGACAAGCAUCCAAAUAGCUCGGAGAAUGUUGUUCGGGCGGAAACUUUAGAUCAGAAACUUUGGCCAAAAAUUCGGCUGACGUGCGAUCGUUUAAGUCCAUGUAUUUCGGACGUUCAAUCUUGUGUGAUUUCGAGCUCGGCACGCUGAGAAGAUUUAAAGUAACGUUGAAUCAGUCUAUUGAACGCUGCUUAUCUUAAAAACUUCUGCAUAACGUUCAACUUUGAGGUCGGUCUUAAAAAAAUGUUUUUAGACUGAUACCCUUUUAUGUUUUCUAAGCUUUGCAUCUUUUCUCUGUACUAGUUCUCAAUGUAACCCUAGUUAAUUUCAGUCGUUGAAGAUUUGUGACACUUCUUAGUCUAAAAAUUUUCGUUUCUGGAGAUUGUUGUAUUUUAAGUAUCGAUUAUUGAUUACAGGGGCCAGAGUGGGCUCGUAAAGGCAAAGAGCGGGGCCCUCUUACCGAAAGACCAAAAGAAAAAGCCGAAGAAAAACCGAAGACUAAACCAAAGCCCGAAUGGACGAAGACCUCUCUACGAAAGAAAGACACAAGCAAACAGGCAGAUACAAAGUCCGAAUAUUGGAAAGAGGCAAGACCUAACUGGGCAAAAGGAAAGAGUUCAUUAUCUAAACCUAAUGAGGGAACUUUAAAAUCUCUUGGAAGAUCAAAAACAGGAAAAGAUGACAUAUGGGAGGAGACGCGUCCCGAUUGGGCCAAGGGCAAAAGUCCCGUCGAUAAACCCAAGGACAGUUUCAUAAAGGAGCUAGAAAAGAAAGCAUCUUCAAAAAAGAAAGAUAUAUGGGAAGACGAGCGGCCAGACUGGAGCAAAGAAAACAGUCCUGUAGUUAAGCCAAGCGCAAAGGACAUUCGGAAUAUUGAAGAAAAGAAGAAAUAUAGUUAUCCCACACCUGAGUGGACAUCGCGCGUCCGGAGCAAACACAAGGUGAGAUGGACUCUUUUCUCCUCCGCAGAGGCUCUCACUGAGAAGUUCAAACAUAAAAUACAUGUAAAAAUAAUUGAAAGAUAGUGCGCGCGAGGGGAGCGAAGCGAAGAAGAAAUUCAGUUAAAAAAUGGAGGGAGCCUCUGUUUUUCACUUUCCCUUCCCACAAUCCACCGCGCGUUUUCGUAUCGCCUCUCCUCGUCAUUCUCUAACGUGCGAGCAAGCUAUCCUAUUUGGGCGAGCGAAGCGAGCCGCGAGGGACGCGUGCCGCUCGCGCGUCUACUUUUCACGAUAGCCCCAAAAUGGAGAGCUUGCUUACAGGCUAGUCAUUCUAGUGAAGCAUAGGCAAAGGAAAAGGAAAAAGAUGGGCUUGAAAUAGGGAUUACUCUCACUUUGGGAGGGGUGGAAAUUAGAAUAGUCCUUUUAGCAAUAAUAAUAACAUUUAUUUAUACCGCGCAAAUUCAACUACUGUGUGCAGUUUUGCAGUUUUCAAAUGCGCCUGAAUGGCCUAUACGGGAAGGCUCCGCCCGAGAGGGGUACUUUGUUCAGGCCUGUGGCAUAUGAAAGGGUACUAGGGAUUUCACUAGUUGAAGUAUAUGAAAGGGUAGCAAAAUCUGUCAUUUCGGCCUGAAAUGCCUUGCCUUAAAAGGCUAUCAAGCAUUUUGUGGCCAUGAAAAAUCGAGAAAACGUUCUGGUUUUGUGUUAAAUUCAUAUUUUAAAGAAAGUGCAUUUUCAGCGGUUAAAAGGGCUGCAAAGUUCUAAACUAAUAUAGGUCCGUGAAAGGGGUACCAUUUGUCAAUAGGGGGUAUACAAAAGGUGGUUACCUUUUCUUUCAAAAAUGGUAUAUAAAAGGGUAAGGGGUUGGACCUCAGAGCGGACCGUUCCCGUAUAAAACUUUGUUGAGUAACCCUCGGGGCGCUAAUGUUUAAGCCAAAUUGCGCCAGGGACAUAAAAAUAUUAAUUGGGAUGAGUGAUUGAUGAUUCUUUGUCGUAGAAAGGAGGAUGAUUUUUAUCCCUUUCCUGUUAUUUAAAGAAGGACGUAGAGGAAGAAGACGGUAAAAAGAGUUUGCUUAAGGCUGAGCUGGAGAAUGUUCUCGGCAAACCGAAAGACAAAGUAGUAGUAAGUUCUCAUUUUUUAUUUUUCCUAAAUUUAUUUGAACUUUAACUUUUCCUCAACAUCUUUAAUUAUAACCCAAGGUGGUUACUGGUGCAAUCGAAGCAACAUGAUAUUUUGACGUCAGCUGUUAUGAAAGAAGAAAAACAGACGGUCGAUGGCGCUUAUUAGCUAUUAGGUCAAACAAAACUUUUAUUUGAACGUUUCCAUUAAUACAAAGUAGGUUGCGGGCUUGCAUAAAGAAUAUCAAUAAUCAGUUAAGAACUGUCGUAGUUAUUCAAAUUGGAGAGAUGUCAGUUAUGUUUUUUUUGUGCGAUUUUCUACCAUUUAGAAAAGACGUCAUUCCUCUGACGGCUUGUCGGAAAGUUACCUCGCAGGCAUACGGUGAGUACUGAGUAGAUGAUCUCAGACCGAGUGAACCCAACAGGGGUACUAAGGAUUUCAAGGAACGGGAAUGAUCGAAAUAAGGCAGAAAUGAAUGAAAACCCCCCAAAAUCCGGAAUCAUUAUACGUAUCUAGGAAACUGCCCACAUAACCCUCCCCUAAGCCAACAUUUUGUCCUAAGUGAGAAGUAAGUGUUAAAGUUGGCUUAGGGGAGGAGUAGAUGGGCAGUUUCCCUGAAACGUAUUAUGAUCCAAAAAUCCUUAGUGCUUUCUGAAAGGAACGAAAGACAACCCUAAACCAGACUUCAUACCUCCAUAAAAACGGAACGGAAAAUUUCAAACCUAUAAGAAUCCUAUGGUCAUUCUUGUCACUUUAAACUUCUCCUUCCUCUUGGAGUGAAAAGCGUGUAAUUCAAGUUCCUCACAGUACUCAAUAAACAAGUAGUCAACAGAUUGUGUGCUAGGGUGUUGUUGUAGAAUGAAAUGAGUGGAUGGGCGGAUGUGAUGAUUGGCGAAUAAGGCCUUUUUAAUUUCUGUUUAUAGUGAAAUGGUGGUAUUACUUGUUUUGUUGCUUUCAUGGCCGCAUUUGUACCACUUCACCAAGUUUCCCCUUUACUUAUCGUUUACUGUCCAUUAUUUCUACACAUAAGAAUUGUUUAGAGCUGUUUUUACCUGCUCAGUCCUAUUUUGAGAAAUUCUUAACUUGAAUCAGACGUUUGCCGUUUGCCGUAUAUUUAAAGCUUGAACUCUCUAUUCAGCCAUUCUUUGUAACACAAGUCGAUUCUUGUUACUGACCUAAAGUAUCGCAGCCUGUGAAAACGAGAUUGACCGUAUCGUACAGACUUUAUAUAAGCACGCGUACUCGUGCAUCAUUGAAACGUAUUUUGUUUCUUGCGCUUUCUGACGAUACUGAAUGUAUACCUUGUGGCCCUUAUGUGACCUUCCUGGUAAGGUUUGAUUUCCUUUUUCCCGUUCACAGACCCUCUAUUUUCUCUUUAGAGAUCGUCGAGCGCGCGUAUGAAAAUAGAACCCACGGGUGACCGCAAGCCUAAGGGGGUGGGGGUGGGGGUGGGGAAAGGAGACAAUGAAAAAAAAUGUGUUUCCCUCCUCUUUCUACCUCUCUGUCUCUUUUUUGGUUUUUUCUCGCGCUUCGUGAUCGUUCUCGCGUGCUCACCAAAUUGUCCAAAAUAAGAAGAACGUCUGUGGACAGUCUAGAUUUCUUUGAUGUUUUCAAUCUUUCACACCUAGUUUGUCUUUAACGUCUAUCCACAGAAAAUUUGCUGAUCACCGCCUAAGUCUGCGAGUGAAAACUAGACACCGUCCAACAAGCAACCCUAUAAAGAAGUUAAUGUCACGUGACGACAUAAGAAGCGAGCUCUGAGUUCAGUUUGUUUCGUGACGCGAUCUGGGUACAGCAACCGCGCCACGUAGGAUACCGCGUCAGUCAAUCUGUGGAACAUUCACAAAAGGUUGUAU